AUAAGGUACUCUUACUCUGACAUCAAGAGGAUCACAAAAAAUUUCAAAUGCAAGUUGGGUGAGGGGGGAUAUGGUUCCAUAUAUAGAGGAAUACUUAGAAGUGGCAAUGAAGUUGUGGUUAAGAUUUUGAACAAAUCAAAAUCUAUUGGCCAAGAUUUUAUAAGCAAAGUGGCCACAAUUGGAAGGAUCCACCACAUUAAUGUGGUGCAACUUGUUGGUUUUUGCUUCGAAUACUCCAAACAAGCUCUUGUCUAUGAUUUCAUGCCGAAUGGAUCUUUGGAUAAACACAUUUUCUAUAAGGAUGGUGAUGAUCCUCUUGAUUAUAAGAACAUUAUAGUAUCGCUGACUGCAGCAAGAGGAACCUUGGGUUAUAUGGCUCCCGAGCUAUUCUAUAAAGACAUUGGUGGCAUUUCUUACAAAGCCGAUGUUUAUAGUUUUGGGAUGUUAUUAAUGGAAAUGGCUGGUAGAAGGAGAAAUCUAAAUGCAAAUGCCGAGUGUUCAAGUCAAAUUUACUUUCCUUUAUGGGUUUAUGAUCAACUCAACAAAGAAAAGGAACUUGAAAGGGUAGAUGUCAAAGAAGAGGAAAGAGAAAUAACGAGGAAGAUGAUAAUCAUUGCACUGUGGUGUAUAAAAUUGAGCCCUAAUGAUCGGCCGUCAAUGAGGAAAGUCCUAGAUAUGCUUGAAGGAGAUAUGGAUAAACUGCAACUGCCUCCAAAACCACUUUUGUAUCCGAGAGAGGCACCGGUUAAUGAUGUUGACGCUGAGAUAGAACUUGAAAUAGUCUCAUCUUCGUCCAGUGCUCCGAUAGUUUCUAGCAGUUCCCAAUUUUACCAUGACCAUGAGUUUACGAAAUCAUGUAUUGUGUGAUUGUUACCCUAUAAUGAGAUGCAAAAAUUAUAAAUAGUACUAUCAACAUGUAUCAUCAUUCAAAAUGUAAUCUGUGAAGCUUUUACAUGUUUUUCAUAUGGCACUAGUGUUUUCUGGUAGACUCGUUAUGUCCAUAUUUUAUAAAUGACGAUGAAUGUUGUAUGGCAUUCAUUCAA